CGUUGUCAUUUUAAACCGUUGAUUCUAACCUAUAAAAUCUCCGGGGACUCACAUUAUUGUUGUUUGAUUAUUAUUGUCAAUUGAUUGGUUGACUUCGGAAUGUUUAUUGAUUUAAAAUGAAGAAUGGGUAUGAAGUUUGCAGAUUACGAUGAUCAAUACUAUCCAUGCAGCUGCACAUCACAGGUCAGCAUCGUCAGCUGUGAAGAAGAUGAUCUACCCGGCAGCAGAUCGCAACAAGGACCCGAUAUUGCGAGUUCUGAAGAGGUUGAUCCGCCCUGGAGCGGAUCAAACCCUACUGGAGAUAGCAUCUGGAUCAGGUCAACAUACGGCUCACUUCGCUCCUCAUUUUCCGCAAGUAACAUUCUAUCCCUCCGAAUUCGACGCCAAUCUCCUGGGGAGCAUCAUUGCCCACACCCAGGACUUCAACAACGUUCAAGAGCCCCUACACAUCGACGUCUCCACGGACAGCAGCUCCUGGCCUGGUUUUCUGUUCAAGGAGAAAAGCCUGGACUAUAUCUACUGCGCCAAUAUGAUUCACAUAUCUCCACUGCAAUGCACGAUCGGGCUCUUCAAAAAUUCGGCAGUUCUUCUGAAACCUGAAGGACUGUUAAUCACCUACGGACCUUAUGCUGUCGAUGGGAAAAUCACUCCUGAGAGCAACGUCAACUUUGAUAGGUCUCUGAAGUCUCAAAACCCCGAGUGGGGCCUUCGGGACGUGAGGGAUCUGGAGAAACUCGCUCUCGAGAAUAAUAUCAAAUUAAUUGAAAUGGUUAAUAUGCCGGCUAACAACAUGACCCUGGCAUGGAAGAAAAUGUGAAGUCUGUUCAAUUAUUUUUGAAUUAAUGUAUUUACAUCGUCGAUCCAUCACGGAUAUUUCAGUAUUUUGGAAAAAUGGGGGGCAUAAUUAAAUAGAUAAAAUUAAUUGCGUUGUAGAGAUAAAAAUUAUGAGAUCUGAGGAGUAAUCUUAAUUAGCAGGAAUACAUUUUCGUAGACAAUAUAAAUUCAUCAAUACAAUUUUUUGAUUAUUAAUAAUUUACAUCCAUAAUCUCUGCACUGAUACGGGAAGUAAUUCAAUUGAAAUUCUGUUGAACGUAUUAUCUUUACAAUUUUACGUGUAGGUAAUAUGUAACGGAAUAGAAAGUCAUAUUUUCAGUAAACAAAAAUAUACAUGAUUUUUUAUUGAUUA